GCUCUGGAGUGAUCGUGCAGGUGUACAGUGUCCCAUCAUCCUCUGAUCUGCUCUGUGGGUUCGAUACUGGAGAUUUUGGGGGAGACGAUGCGGAUUUACGCGUGCAUCCUUGUUGUUGCUGCGUGCGUCCUGACCGGAGAGGUCCUCGCGAUCACCAAGCUCUUUAACGAUCUGGAGCCGGUCAGGAUGACGUCAGAGGGCUCAGACUGCCGCUGUAAGUGCAUGAUGCGCCCCCUCAGUGUGGACGCUUGCUCCAGGCUCCGCGAGGGCACCCUGAAGGUGGACGAUUUCUACGCGGUGGAGACGGUCAGCUCGGGCUCGGACUGUAAGUGCUCUUGCACGGCCCCGCCGUCGUCCCUCAACCCCUGUGAGAACCUGUGGAAGAUGGACAAACUCAAGAAACAAGCGCCUGAACUUCUCAAGCUACACUCCAUGGUGGAUCUGUUGGAGGGGACCCUGUACAGUAUGGAUAUGAUGAAGGUUCACGCCUACAUGAAUAAAGUGGUGGCGCAGAUGAACACGCUGGAGGAGACGAUAAAGGUGAAUCUGAGCCGAGAGAACGACUUCAUCAGAGACAGCGUCACUAAUCUUUCCAAUCAGAUGAAGAAAUAUGAGAAUUAUUCGGACAUCAUGGUCAGCAUCAAGAAGGAAAUCUCCAACCUGGGACUGCAGCUGUUGCAGAAGGAUUCAGCCACGGACACGGUUCAGGCCACUGAUGAGAAGAAGAACAAAGACGCUGUAAAACCAGCCAACAAAAAAAAUCCACUGGUCAAACCUCCAGUGAAGCCGGCCAAAGAGAAACCUGUCAAACCCAAGAAGGAACCAGUACCCAAAACCAUCAAACCAGCAAAACCAGAGCCUACUCCCAAGAGCAAAGUGCCAGCUCACCAGCCGGGCGUCAUCAGGGGCAUCACUUACUACAAAGCCAGCAGUGUGGUGGACUCUGGGACGGACGGUGCGGCGAGAGGAGACAGAGACAACACGGCCAAAAUCCACACCGUCCACCAGAUCGAGGAGGCUAAGAGGGGGCCGGAACUCGUCCCGGAGGCCGCCGAGGCCACCUCGAACGCAGCGACGCCGAAAACGACCACGGCGGCACCGACGACGACCACGGCGGCGACGACAACCACCACAACUGUUGCUACGACAACAGUUUCGUUACAGAGCAUUAGCGGCGGGCGGCUUUUCACCACCAGGUCCAGUCCGGUGACUGAGAAACACACCAGCACACCACCGCUGAACACUAAAGAAGUGCUCACAAAGGCCUUCUCUAACAAAACAGUGGACAAAUUUCUGGAGUGUGAGGGCACCAUCGCGUCGGUGGAGAUGCCCGAGAAACAUCACAGUUACGGACGUAAUGAAGGAGCCUGGAUGAAGGACCCUCUCGCCAGGGACAACAAGAUCUACGUGACUAACUAUUACUACGGGAACAACCUGGUGGAGUUCCGCAACCUGGAUAAUUUCAAACAAGGUCGCUGGAGUAACCUGUACAAGCUUCCCUAUAACUGGAUUGGAACUGGUCAUGUGGUCUUCAACGGUUCCUUCUACUACAACCGUGCCUUCACCAAGAACAUCAUCAAAUACGACCUGCGCAUGCGCUACGUGGCCGCCUGGACCCUCCUCCACGACGCCGUCUACGAGGACACGACGCCGUGGAAGUGGCGCGGCCACUCGGACAUCGACUUCGCCGUGGACGAGAGCGGCCUGUGGGUGAUAUACCCGGCGCUGGACUACGACUACGGGCAGCACGAGGUCAUCGUCGUCAGCAAGCUGGACCCCAGCGACCUGUCCACCAAGAAGGAGACCACGUGGAGGACGGGCCUGAAGCGCAACACCUACGGGAACUGCUUCAUGGUGUGCGGCGUGCUGUACGCCAUCGACGUGUACAACCAGAGAGAGGGCGAGGUGGCGUACGCCUACGACACGCAUACCAACACGGAGGCUACGCCGCGGCUGCCGUUCACCAACGAGUAUGCCUUCGUUACUCAGGUGGACUACAAUCCUAAAGAGAAGGUGCUGUAUGCCUGGGACAACGGACAUCAGGUCACCUAUAACAUCGAGUUUGUGGGACAGUGAGAGAAACGCUCGGGAGAAAUGUGACUUUUAGGGUGAAAUAACAUAACCGGAGGAAACGUUUUUAAAGAACUGAACAUAAACGGACACUUCUAACUCACAAAGUGACUAAAGAAACGUUACGCAGUUUGUGUUGAGCGCUGUUUGGUACUUUUACCUACAUUUUAAAAGCUCAGAGCUGGUAAAAAUAACAGAAAUAAUUCUGCUUGAGUGAUUUUUUUAAGUGUUGUCUGUUUUACCACCUGUUUAUCCUGGUCAGGGUCGCGGUGGGUCUGAUUCAUUGGGCGAAAGGCAGGAAACACCCCGGACAGGUCGGCAGUACAUUACAGGGCACACACACAUCCAUUCGGAACACUCGGAGGAAACCCACAUGGACAUGGGGAGAACAUGCAAACUCCACACAGAAAGGACCCUGCUCGCUCAGCUGGGGUAUCAAACCCAGGACCUUCUUGCUGUAAGACAACAACGCUACCCACUGCACCACCCAGACAUGAAGUUUUAAUAUUUACAUGUAUUUUGUUUUUUUUUAAAUAUGGGUUGAUAUACUGAUUUCUAUGUAAAUAUUCUAUGUAAAAAAGACACUAUUUUAUGGACAUACAAUAAAUACACGAC